AUUGAGACCAAUGUACUGUUGAGGCGCACUUCCUGAAAUCUGUGUCUUCAUAUGGUUUUCAUCAUUAUUAUUUAAGAUAUCACCAUUGUUUGGGAUAUAUAAUCGCCAAUGCAUGACAUCUCUAAGUUUUCAGACAACUUAAACUUUCUGGAUCUGCUUGCAACCGUUCGUGCCGAUCAAAUUCACUCAGGAUCAAACAAUACGCGCACAGGACCGUAUUUGAUACGAUACUCCACAUUCCUCAACCACUUACAAAGAAUUGCUAUACAUUGUGGUCUUCAAUUAUCUUCAGGUCCGUGCUCGGGUGGUGGAACGUCUGCUGGAGCAUUAGUGUGGAGAUUAACAUCUGAGUGCUUUGCAGUAGUAGUUGCUGCAACUAAUAACUCUAUCACAACUUCUGAUUCGACUUAUAAUAACUCACCAGAAUUGACGGAUCUUAUCUCUAUUGCCGCAGUUUAUUUCGAGUUUAAUCAUGAUAAAGCUGUGCCUUGUCCGGAGCUGGCCACUGAUCUCAGUAUGGGCAAAUAUAGUUCAUUACUACAGCAUGUAGAUAAUCUUCUGACGAUAUAUGCAGUUCCGGGUGAUAAGAUUGAUCGUGCUCGAACCUACUUGUGUUUACAGGCUCUUGAGAAAGACUUGAGUAUGCUGACUCAGGCAAUGAGAACUGACUUAGAAAAUAAUAUUGAUGCCAUAAGUACAUUUAGACGAGCACCAAAUCAGAAACAUGAUGUAUUUAGUAUGCGUGACCUAGUAAAUCGUUCACUUGUUGGACACUUUGUUGGACGUACAGGAGGCCGGCUAGCUAGACUUACUUACCUAGUCACAUCUGCACAGGCUAUGAUCAGUAAUGCAACUGGAGUAAUAAAGAAUAAUUUACAAAUGAAUUCAAAAAGUACAUAUUCAUCUAGUAUUGGGUGCGGAUCUCGUGAUGGUCUUAUUGGAGGCUAUAUGGCACGCAUCGGACUUUGUCCUAGAUUGUCGUAUGUAGAGGAUACUUCCGCAGUUGCCCAGUCUACAGUUCAACGACUUCCAUUUAUGCCUUUAGUGACACUACAGAAAGAUGCUUAUGGUAUAAGUGUUCCUCAUUUCGCUCAACCAGAUGAAAUCAAGUGUAUAUCAAUUGAAGCUGAAUUCGUACUACAUCUAGAUCCUCCUUUACCAAUCUCAACAGAUGCAAUUCAACAACUUGAGCGUACUACAGGUUUAAGUAAUACAGAAAUCAUAGAUCAGAAAGAAGAAGAUAUAGUUUUAUUGAUUUUACGGAAAUAUAAACAAGAACACUUGUAUGGAAUAAACACACAUUUACAAAACCCAAAUAUUACACAACAUAGUUAUCAAAUUAAGAGUGAUGUCAAAGCCUAUCUUGUCAGCUCAGUUCCAUUUACAUGUUCAGAUCAAAUUGGUGAAAUUAUUUCUAUUCUUCGUAAACAAGCAUCAGCUUUAGCGUUUUAUGAAACAUUUAUUGUUCAUCCUGAUAAACCAGUGGAAAAAGAUGACGCUUUAACGUUCUCGUUUAAUAUUAAAAUCAUGGGUGGGCAGAUGAUUUCACUAGAGUUUGAUGAUCCUAAUCAUCUGGGAGCGAAAAUUCAUGCUUCUUUACAUGUGCGUCCGUUCGAUGUCCAGUGCCUGGAAUUAAAUUAUUUUUCAAAUACACAUGAUCGCUUGAAUAGUAACUGUCCAAGUAAUGAAAAAGAAGUAGAUGUCAUGCAACUGAAUAAGCUAGACAUAGAGUCUGGAGGUAAUCUCAAAGCUAACUUCAGCAAAAUUCUCACAAAAACACAUACAUUGCCAAUUGGUUUUGUUUGGUUACUAACUCAACUCCAGUGUCCUGUUCAUAAAAAGUUGGUAAGCAUGAAGUUGCCUGUAACCAAUUCAUAUAAUAGUACUGAGAAUAAGGAAAGCUAUUCAUCAGUCAGUCAAAAUCAGUUGACUUCGUUAAGGACAAUGCUUAAUCGUGUUAAAUCAUCUAUUAUAAUCCGUGGGGCUAACGGUACUGGUGGUGUACUUUGUGGUGGAGAUCGAAAAGUUUCAUUGGAUUUUGAAUCUUCCUCAUCAUUCGCUGCAGCACAAGUAUUUGCUUUAAAUACACCAAACUAUUUGAACAGUGCUAAAAAGAUACCUCCUUUACCUCCAGGUGUCAUGGCAACACCUCCUCCUGCGUUUACUCAUUUGGACACAAGCUCAAGUGACCUUGGUAUUAUAUCAUCGUUGCGACCUGUGAACUCUCAAGGCAAAUUACGUGAUGUGCAUUCCAAUUCCAGUUUACCAGCUGUCUCAACUAAUCCAUCUCGUGGGUUAAGGCUGGAUGACUUAUUAGUUGAUAGUACAUUUCAAACACAACAACAGUUACAGCAGCGUAAUCCACCUCCCAUUUCUUUUUCCCACUCGUUACCAAGCUAUGUAUCGCCUAUUCCUGGGACACAUACUACGUCUUUGGCGGAUGUGAAGGAAGCGUAUUCUGAUAUGAUUAAUCCCAACAUUUCUACAUCAAAUUAUCUUUCAUUACCUACUAUUCAUUCCUCACAUAAGUAUGGAUCGUCUGUUUUAUCCGGGUCAAAUAGUAUCCCUUCGAAUUUGUACAAUUUACCUCCUAUGUCUGUUAGUGCUUCCAAUUCAGAGGCGACAAGUUCAUCUGCUGUAGUCAAAUCCAAAAGUUUUACUGCCUCACCGGUUAGCGAUAACUCCAGAGCUCCAUCAACAAGCGGAUCUAUGCUUGUUAAUCUUUUAAACGAAGAUUCACUUUCUACUUCUAUUCCUUUGGUGUCUCCAUCCAGUAUGACAGAUCGUCACCACUACAAUCCCAGUCAUUCUUUAACAAAUCUUCAGAAUAGUCCCCUUACUUCAGCUGCGAGCAGUAUAAACGUUUCUAAUAGUCGACUUUCUGGUAUGAUGUUAUCCAAUAACUCUCAACUCCCUAGUUCAGAUGCACAGUUACCCCAAGGGUGUGGGAAAUCCUUAAGUUCAUCUGCACCAAACCUUACUCCAAAUAGUUCCCAGUACCCUUCCGUUCGUAACUCCAGCUUAAUCACUCCUACUACUGGUCGUACCAAACAUACAAGCUUAAAGAACAGUCAAGCUAGUUUAACUGUUAACCCCACAAGUAAUCCUAAAAAACCUCGUAAAAGGCGUCGAGGAACGGUGGAAGGUAGUUUCCGAUGCAUUAGUAGUCAAAAAGGUAAUACACCUGCUCCUGGUGUAUAUUCUAACUAUCCCACUACAAAGCACCAGCGUGUCGACACCGUUUUACCGACUACCAGUAUCUCAUUGUCAGGAACCUACCAGCGCCCUACUUUUAAUCAAACAAAUUCAAAUUUCCCUUCAUGUUCACUGCCAUAUGUCCAACAGAGUUCGAUAGCAUCUACAGGGCAAAGUAUCAACAUGCAAAUUCCUAACCCUAGUAAAUCGGUUUAUGACUUCGACGAUAACCCCAGUUCAAUGUUCGAUGUCCCGGUCGGUAAUAUAUCGUCCUCCAAUUCCUUAUCGUUUUCAAGCAGUUCUUCAUUAACAAGUCCUAAAUCUGGCGUAUCUGUAAACCCAUUACAGUCUGGUAGCCUUACAGUUAGUAAUACUAAUUCAAUUUCGAAUUUUCCUGUGACAACAAUGAUGUCAUCAAAUUCAAAUUUAGAACGAACUAUCGAACGUAAAACUAGUCUGAAGAUGACGAUAAAAACAAUACCAUCUCAACCAAUUACUUCAACUCCUAAAGCAAGAGUAAACUUUAGCCAGAAUGAAGUUGAUAAAUACAACAAAAUCCAGUCUGCUCAAUCAAAUUCGACCCCUAUUAAUACAUCGGACUCUGGAGGUACAGUUCAUCCAGCUCAACCUUUGCCAUCCGUUAAAAAACGUAAAAAACGUUCCGUAGAGGGCAAACCAUCAGCAUAUAUGUUACAAAUGCUUCAACUUGCCAACUCCUCAAUAAGUGGUUCUGAUGCAUCAGUUACCACCACUAGUGUUACUACUGGGGCUUCUGGAGUUCCUAGUCAGUCAGCAAUUACUCCUCUUGUACUUAAUAACUCUGGUUUAAAACAAAUCAAGAGUACGAAUAAAUUAGUUGGUCAUGGUUCUGUCUUAGUGAAAAAGGAACGUAAGCGUCGUUUAGGUCAUGGCUUCACAGAGAAGACUCAUUUUUCCUUCAUUCCAAAUAGUAAUACUUAUAACCAGGUACAAGAAACAGCUGACAAUUCAAAUAUACCGAAGCUGAUAAAAAUAAACCGUGUUUCUCGACCACCAACUUCUGAUGUACCCAAAGAUAAUCAAACGGGAUCAGGUACAACUCCCAAUUUGUAUAGUAACUGUAUUUCGAUGUCCCCCAAUUCAUCAUCAAAAAAGAAGGUUUCUGCACUUAAUUCUACUCCGCUUGGGACUGGUGCUGGAACUAGUUCCGGGAGUGAUGAUAUGGUUGCCAAGAGGUUGUUUUCUUCAUCGGCUUCACCCUUAGUAAGCGGUGAAAAGCGCAAACGCAAUCCAGAAACUUCGAAGCAGUCUAACAACUCUCAGUCUGCUUAUUCUAAUUCAGGUACCUCAAGUGAUUCUGCAUUUAUAUCUUCCCCCCUACUUCCUUCUACUAGUUCAGAUCCACCUACCAACAGUAACACAUCACGUAAAACACCUCGUCCAUCAUUACAUGCAGCACCUAAUUUACCUCGUGUUCCACAUACUCCCACAAGUAAAUCUCAACCUGUUCAACAAAGUAAUACUCUCAACUAUUUAUCCUCCAGUUCAGCAUGCACUGCAAAUCCAGCUUCUGUAAGUGUUGUUGGUUCUUCAUCUGGAUUAAUUAAAGGCUAUAAGAUCCCUAAAAAGAAAAGUACAACCACUGACUGUUUACCAAGUGUACCUUUAUCGGACGCAAGUGGGGACAAGUCAGUUGGAAUGCUGUCUACCACACUUCAGCAAAUACAAGAAAGCAUUUCAUCCUAUAGGGAUACACCAGAUUCUCAAUCUCCAGAAAAAUCUGACGAAUCCAGUCUAACUAUCGUUGAAAAUAUGUAUCCAAGUUCUAACGAUCCUAAUCUAGAGGGCGUAGAUCCAAUAAAUGCAGUUGUGUACAAUGCAAAUAUCAAUGAUGCAGCAAAUAAUACUGAUGACAAUUCUUCAAUCCCGUCCGAUUCCGUUUCAGGCUUUACGGCCCCUAAUACUGAAAGCUGUUCACAAUCCAUCCUUCAUCCAAUUUCACUACAGUCCAAUUCGUCUGUUUCAGGACAAUGUUCACAAUCGUCACAACAGCAGUUUCCCCGUAAAUCUUCAGUGAAAAGUAUCAGUGAUAUUGUUGAUAAAUUACGGGCAAAAUCUACGACUAGCAUAACUUCAUCUACUUCAACAAUUAUCAGUGACUCAUCGAAUAUCGGAAGUUCUGACACAACAGCAAUCACUUCAUAUGAAGCUAAAGAUUCUACAAUAAAUUCAAUGCUCUCUGAUAAUCCAAGCUGUGCCCGCAGUAUAACUAAAAAAAAUGAUGAAUUUCAAGACCAAUGGAGAGACAAUAUCUUCGAGAAAUUUUGUCCAAGUGGGACACCGACACCGCACCAAACAGAAAAUGGUCAGAACAAUAUAUGUAGAUCAGAUUCUGAAGUGGAUUUGAGCACAUCGAUUGAAAAUAAUGAAGAAUCUCUAUGGACUAGUGGAAAUAAAGAACAAGUGUAUGAUAAAGAUGAAAGAAUUAUAUCCUCAAGUAAUUCAAAUGCUCCAAUGAUUCAUUCGAAUACUCAGUCUAUCUCAGAUUUAGAGGGGAAACAAGGCAAACAACAAUUUGAGUGUAUUAAAGCUAAUACUGAUACACCAGCAUCACCUACUGAAUUGUUAACCACGGUGCCCACAUCUAAUUCAAAUAUGUCAAGUAAGAUUAUCCCUAUAUCUCCAACAAGUAUGAAGUGUCUCAACUCCACUGGUUCAAUAUCGGGUUCUAAUAUGAAGCCCAACAUAGUACGACAUAGCUCUUUACGUUUCGAGAAGAAAAGUGGAUCUGGGCGUUACUCUCGAUUAGGGGGAGGUGUAAAUGGGAUGAUGAUGCAUGGGGGUCUUGUUCAACGUAGCAACUCCGAUAAUUACAGUCAUUCUAGCGGUGUACAUGGUCAUUCAAAUCGUCUCCCACGUGGUGGAAUGAAUAAUCCGGAAUACUGGCACAAAAACAAACGUCAUAAUAAAGCACCAAAUUUUAAACCACCAUCGAAUUGGGGUCCGAUGAAUAUGGAUUAUGGUAACAUGGGCGUAGCACCGUCGUCUUCUUCAUCUUCUGCUCCUGGUUCAUCAUCCAUCGAUAUUAAUAAUAGUGGGAAUAUGGGUCAUUGGAUGAUGCCUUCUGGUGGGAAUAUCAAUCAGAAUAAUCCAAAUAUGAUGCAGUAUAAUAAUCCACAUUCUAUGCAACAUCAUCCAUAUCAUUCAGCCCUUAAUAAUAGACCUAUGCGACCAAGUUAUAAUAUGAAUGGAACUGCCGGGCAUAAUCCAUACAAUACUGGUAUGAUGCGUGGAAAUAAAAAGUAGUAUUUUUUUAACUAACCAAAUGUUGACUGCUAAUGAAGAUUACCUAUAUGUAUGUACAUAUAUAUAUAUAUAUUUUAUCGACCUCUUUUGCUACUAAAUCAAAUUUCCCAUUUGUUCUCUAAUCUUGUUUUUAUUGAAAUAAUUUUGCACAAAUAUGAACUAUUUGUGAUGGUGUUUCUCUCUUUUUUUUAAAAAAAAGGACAAGAGGAUCUUCAGUGUAUUUUCUUUUGUUAGUUACUUUGUUCACUACUUGACUUGUUUUUUUGUUGUCGCUGCGUAUAAUGAGAUAAAUAUUGUGAUGAUAAUACUGAUAACUAUGAUUAUUGAUACUGCUCAUUUGUUCUUUAUCCUCGUAAAUUAUUUAUUUGUAUUUUGCUUUCAAUUUUUCUCUUCCGUUUUUAACUUGAUAGUCGUCUUCAUAUCGCCUUUGAAAUAUACGUGAUCAUAUUUAUUAAUUAUUUGCUUGUGUAAAUAAUGAGCACAAAUUUAGAAAAAAUAUAUACUCACUGCUAUUCCUUUAAUUCAGUUGUGUGCAAAACCUUUUAAAUUAACAUGAAAAUUCGUUCAAAGUAUAACGAAUACUUGCUGAAAGUUUUAGAAUAUUUUUGUAUAGUAUACAUAUUAAAUAAAAUUGAUAGGUGGAAACAUGAUU